AUGGAGUGUGGAAAGAGCUUCAGUCGGAAUGGAAUUCUUACUGUACAUCAACGAAUUCACACAGGGGAAAAACCAUAUAAAUGUAUGGAAUGUGGAAAGAGCUUCAGUUGUAGUGGAAAACUUCCUAUACACCAACGAAUUCAUACAGGGGAAAAACCAUUUAAAUGUAUGGAGUGUGGAAAGAGUUUCAGUGACAGUGGAGCAUGUACAAAGCAUCAACGAACUCACACAGGGGAGAAACCAUAUAAAUGUUUGGAGUGUGGAAAGAACUUCAGUGAAACUGGAGCACUUACAAGACAUCAACGAAUUCACACAGGCGACAAACCAUUUAAAUGUAUGGUUUGUGGAAAGUGUUUCAUUUGUAGUGGAAGCCUUAGUGUACACCAACGAUCACACACGGGGGAGAAACCAUAUAAAUGUUUGGAGUGUGGGAAGAGCUUCAGUGAAAGCGGAAAACUUACAAGACAUCAACAAAUUCACACAGGAGAGAAACCAUUUAAAUGUAUGGUUUGUGGAAAGUGUUUCAGUGAUACUGGAGCACUUACAAAACAUCAACAAAUGCACACGGGGGAGAAACCAUUUAAAUGUACGGCAUGUGGAAAGAGCUUCAGUGAAAGUUCCCAGCUGACUAUCCAUCUCCGAACUCACACAGGGGAGAAACCAUACAAAUGUAUAGUGUGUGAAAAGAGCUUCAGUCAGUGUUCCCACCUUACUAUACAUCAACGAAUUCAUACAGGGGAAAAACCAUUUAAAUGUAUGGAGUGUGGCAAGAGCUUCAGUGCAAGUGGAAAACUUACAAGACAUCAACGAAUUCAUACAGCAGAGAAACCAUUUAGAUGCAUGGUAUGUGGAAAGAGCUUUAGUCAAAGUGGAAGCCUUACUGUACAUCAACGAACUCAUACAGGGGAAAAACCAUUUAAAUGUAUGGAGUGUGGAAAGAGCUUCAGUGAAGGUUCAAAACUGACCGUGCAUUUAAGAAUUCACACGGGUGAGAAACCAUAUAAGUGCUUAGAGUGUGGAAAGUGCUUCAAUGUGACUGAACACCUUUAUAUACAUCUACGAACUCACACAGGUGAGAAACCAUUUAAAUGUAUGGAGUGUGGAAAGAGCUUCAGGGAUAGGGGAAAGCUUACUGUACAUCAACGAAUUCACACAGGGGAGAAACCAUUCAGGUGUAUGGUGUGUGGCAAGAGCUUCAAUCGGAAUGGAAUUCUUACUGUACAUCAACGAACUCAUGCAGGAGAGAAACCAUAUAAAUGUAUCGAGUGUGGAAAAAGCUUCACUGAAGGUCCACAACUUACCAUACAUCUCCGAACUCACACAGGGGAGAAACCAUUUAAAUGUAUGGAGUGUGGAAAGAGCUUCAGUCGGAAAGGAAUUCUUACUGUACAUCAGCGAACUCAUACAGGGGAGAAACCGUAUAAAUGUGUGGAGUGUGGAAAGAGCUUCAGUUGUCGUGGAAAACUUACAAGACAUCAACGAAUUCAUACAGGGGUCAAACCAUAUAACUGUAUCGAGUGUGGAAAGAGCUUCAGUGAAGCUUCAAAAUUGACCAUACAUCUGCGAACUCACACAGGGGAGAAACCCUUUAAAUGUAUAGUGUGUGGGCAGAGCUUCAGUCACAAUGGAAUACUUACUGUACACCUACGAACUCACACCGGGGAGAAACCAUAUAAGUGUAUGGUUUGUGGAAAGUGCUUCAGUGAGAGUGGAAGCCUUACAGUACAUCAACGAACUCAUACAGGGGAUAAACCAUAUAAAUGUUUGGAGUGUGGAAAGAGCUUCAUUUGUAGUGGGAAACUCAGUGUACACCAACAAAGUCACACCGGGGAUAAACCAUUUAAAUGUGUGGAUUGUGGGAAGUGCUUCAGUGAGAGUGGAGCUCUUACAAGACAUCAGCAAACUCACACAGGGGAGAAGCCAUUUAAAUGUUUGGAGUGUGGAAAGCGCUUCAGUGAGAAUGGAACUCUUAGAAAACAUCAACGGUCUCACAGAGAAGCAGUUGUUUAA